AGCCAACAAAAAAGUACCAAACCAACAUAUUUUUAAAAUGUGCAUUAUUAUGUUCAUGUGUGUUUAUAUAUUAUGUGGUUAAUACACUGUCUUGUGUUUAAGUCUAUCCUCAGAAAAGACUCAAAAACCAUGGACUAUCACGUGUCUUUGCCACCAUCCACCACCACAUGUCUCUCCUUUAAGGUGCAUCGCCGGCAGCCUGAACUGGUCACUCCGGCUAAGCCAACGCCACGAGAGCUCAAGCCUCUUUCCGACAUAGACGACCAACAAGGAUUAAGAUUUCAAAUUCCUGUUAUCUUUUUCUAUAGACCUAACCUUACAAGUAAUCUUGAUCCCGUCCAAGUAAUUAGGAGAGCUCUCGCGCAGACGCUGGUUUACUAUUACCCGUUCGCUGGUAGGCUCCGGGAAGGUCCUAACCGAAAACUUUCUGUGGACUGUACCGGAGAAGGCGUUUUGUUCAUUGAAGCCGACGCUGACGUUACGUUUGCUGAGUUGGAGGAAGCUGAUGCUCUUCUUCCUCCUUUCCCUUGCUUAGAAGAGCUUCUCUUUGACGUAGAAGGGUCCAGUGAGUUACUUAACACUCCGUUGCUUCUCGUUCAGUCCUUAAUCAGACCUUCGGCAAAGGGAAUUUUCACCUAUGUGAAAGUCAUAUCAAUGGUCACGCGGCUUAAGUGCCGUGGAUUCAUCUUUGCCCUCCGUUUCAACCACACCAUGACCGAUGGAGCCGGUCUGUCCCUCUUUCUGAAAUCACUAUGCGAGUUGGCAUGUGGAUUACACGCACCGUCGGUUCCACCAGUGUGGGAGCGAGAGUCGCUGAUUGCGAGUGCCUCUACGCUUGUGACACAUACGCACCGCGAAUAUGACGAUAAGGUGGAACCUGAAGCGGUAGUUGUCGGAGACUUUUUAGUUAGUAGGUCUUUCUUUUUUGGUCCGGACGAGAUCGCCGCUAUAAGGAGACUCCUCCCGACCGAUCUCCACAACACCACUUUUGAAGCGAUGACAUCGUUUUUGUGGCGUUGUCGAACUGUUGCACUGAGUCCCCACCCCAACUCCGAGAUGCGAAUGACAUGCAUCGUCAAUUCACGUUCCAAACUUAGCAACCCGCCUAUACCAUCCGGUUACUACGGUAACGUUUUUGCCAUUCCAGUGGCGAUAGCUACUGCAAAAGAUCUGAUGGAGAAGCCGCUUGAGUUUCCUCUGAGGUUGAUACAAGAGGCAAAGAAGAGCGUGACAGAGGACUACAUACGGUCGAUGAUGGCAUUAAUGGCAACCAGAGGGAGGCCUAUGUUUGUGGCAGCUGGGAACUAUAUAGUGUCGGAUUUGAGACAUUUUGAUUUAGGAAAAGUUGAUUUCGGGCCGUGGGGUAAACCUGUGUACGGUGGUACCGCUAAGGCUGGUAUCGCAGUGUUUCCAGGAGUGAGCUUCUACGUGCCGUUUAAGAAUAGAAAAGGUGUGAGCGGAACCGUUGUGGCAAUUAGCUUGCCGGUGCCAGCGAUGGAGAAGUUUGUAGAAGAGCUUGACGGUGUGUUAUACAAGUGUCUUAACGGACGCUUGUAAAAAAAAAACAUGCGUUCGAAAUUAAGUAAAUUAUCGUUAUGUCUUCGCUCUUAGAGCCAUUUGAUAUACAUUAUCAGUUAUGUAUUUAUUAUCAUGCCAUAUUGCCAUGCAUAUAUAGUAAAAUUGUCACAUCAUUAGCCCUAUAUAUAGGCAACGUA